AAAAACUGAUUUACCAAUAUCAAAAAUGUCUAUGUACAUAGCAAACACGCUCAAUUUUAAACUAUGUUGUAUUAUGGAUUUUUCAAUUGCACAUUCAAGCCACAGGUCAGACAAACACAGAGUCAGAACUUUUUAGUGCAAUGGAUAUUCGUGAUUUCUGUUACCAGUUUACAAAAUAUAAACAUACGAAGUACAGUAUGAUAUGAAAAAUAAUUGGAGAUUGUUAAGACUUACUGAAAAUGCAAGGAUGAUUAGUAUCUGUAUAUAUAAACAAACGCGUACCUCAUUUACUGCAACAAGAAACUUGAAACUCAUGGUGAUUGGACAAGGAGCGAUACAUGUAAGAAAUAAUUAAGAGAGAUGUCUGACAACCCAGAAGAAACAGCUUACUAUCUACGCCUUAUUCGCAUGUACAUUGACCUUGGAACAGAAACAGUUGUUAAAGUGUUCUACCAUUUAACACCCAAGCAAAAUGUGCAGUCAUUCUUUAAUUCACCUGAAAUACAAAGUGCUUUAAAAACUUUAUAUAAAAACAAGAUUUUAAGUUGCAAAGAAUAUAAACUUGUGUCAUGUAAUAUUAAUCCAAACCCAGAUAAUUUCGAUAUUUCACUUUUUGUUACUUUAUUAACCAACUUAUACAAUGGAAAGUUACCUGCUCCUAAAAAGGGAUGGAAAUCUACUCCAGACUCUCGAGAUUUUUCCAUUGCAGCUGAUUUGUUACGGUUACGAAAUAUACGAAACACGAUUGUCGCACAUCAGCCACGAGCUAGAUUAUUUAAAGUUAAAUUUGACUAUCUUUGGAAAAGCAUAGAAGAUAUCUUAUUGAGACUGAUUAGAGAGGUAGAUUCAGCAAGCGAAAUCAUUUUGACAGAGAGAAUAGCUGAAUACAAAGACAAGCCGCUGGAUCCACAAAACGAUGGAGAGCAAGAGUAUUUGGAAAAAUUACGAGACUGGUGGGAAAACUGUGAAGAGAUUUCCAAAUUACAAGAACAGGUUGAAAGUUUGGUACAGAAAACACAAGAAUUCGUGCUUUUCUUCAAGUCGAAACCAGAAAGAUAUUUCCGUUAUAUCCAGCUCUUGUUUGACGGUGGGCGUUUGGUUUUAAGCGGUCAGUUAGUCAGCGAAGUAUCAAAGCAAAAUGAAACAUUAGAGACGAUAUUGGGUAGAAAUCAAGAUUUCUUAAAGGAUAAAUUUUCCAGUGAGCAAAUGUAUAAGCAGUUGUUUCAAGGUACAGAAGAUUACACUAUUAUAAACACCAAUAUCGAAACGUGGGACAUCACAGCAUUGGCAAUUGUGAUUAUAAGUAUCUUCUCCGAAUCUAUUGACGAAGUAACAUUAACAAACGUCUCUAGUAUUAUGGAAGCUAGAAAUGAUUAUGCAAACACUGCACUAAUGGCUUUAGAUAGUGAUCUGUUCACUUCCUGCUGUGAAGAUCUGCUCUCAAGUAUUCGAGUCCUGUCUUCUAGACUUGGAAAUGAUAUUUACAAAAAGUGCAACGAAGUCAUUGAAGUAUACAAGAAAAAGUCAGAGAGCAAUUCUUGUGGUCUUGAUCAUUAUUUUCAGCAAUUAAGAAGUCAUGGUUCAGAAAUAAAAACAAUUGCUGAAGUAUACAAAGAAACUGUGGAUAAAUUAAAAGAUUCGGUGAAAAAAAUGGAGGAAGACGGCAUAGCUUUUAAACGAGACCAUGUUUUAGAGUUAAAAAUGGUAACAUUAGGCAAUAACAAAGAAAAGAAAAAAGUGGCGGAAGAUACGCUAGAAACUGUCUGGCAAGCUGCACUGAAAACGUCUAAAAACCCACAGGAAUUUGAAGCAGUUCGACAGGCUUUAGACAUGAUUUUGAAUGAUAUUCGAAGGAUUCCGGAUGUGAAAGCAGAACAAAUCGAACGACACUGUAUAUUGCUAAGCCUGCGAUGUUUUUCAUGGCGAGGAUUACUUCUUCUCAUUGAAUACUUCAAUAGUUCCGACUUUGAACGUCAUUUAAAGAGAAUAGCUGACGAAUUAUAUUUUCUCUAUGAUGACGUUUUGGUCAUUCCAGGAAAUCUUACAGCCGAGAGUAUACUAGCUGUUUUACGCAAUCUAGAGUGUCCACAUGAUGAGCCACAGCAGUUUAUAAGUGUCCCAAUACAGUGCACAUCCGCAGAGGGUAUGAGACAGGUCUUGGAUAUAUUAGGAAAAGAAAAGACAAUAAAUAGUUUCAACGAGAUCGCAGAAUCCCUUUCAGAACAGGUUGGAGACAAAAUUUUUGUAAGUGUCAGCUGUGAUGGUCGAGGAUUAAGUGACGUUUUUGAAGAAGAAGAAUCAGAACACUCGAUUUCCAGCAGCUUCGGUGACGUUGAUGAUGACCUUGACAGUCCAUUGCAACCUUCUGUUAUCCCUGUGAAUAUACCACAUAACAUGUCGAAAAAUGAACAGCCUCAUCCGGAUCGGCCAGGGCUUUCAACAGAUAAUCAGCAAAUGAUUCAGCCAGGCAAGGAUGACUUGGAACUUUAUCUGGAAAAAAGACUUUUUGAACGUUGCAAGGAUGAUUUAGAAAGUGUUCAAGCAAGUAGCAAAUUUCAGGGACUGCAUGAUCUUUCCAAAAUGUCUGAUGACCUACCGCCGACAAAGAAAUCAAGAUGCUCUGAAGAAUUUAGAUUUGUCGAUGAUACCAGGAAUGAUGAAAAAGAGAAGCAUCUAGAUAAUGAUAUGUGCAAUGAAGUGCCAAAAAAGACUGAACCAGUGAGAAAAAAAUACUCUACAGAACUGCAACGUCUUGCAAUUGCACGAGUUUUGACAGGAGCAAAAAUUGCAACAGUUAGCAAAGAUAUGGACAUCCCUCCAUCGACCAUCAGAACUUGGUUAAAAAGAGCUAAGCUUCCUGCAACGGAUAGCAUUGAAAAUCGAUCAGAAACUGUUACUGCUGCAAAACAUUCAUUUCCUGUUUUGCUUGGCGAAUACAAUGGAAAGACGGAAUUUAAUGCGCUGGUAGAAAAUCUUGAGGGAAACCUGUGUGCGGUAAAAGAAAGUAUAUCUCCUAGUCGUACAGAAUCCACAGCUACAGUAUCCCUCGGUGAAGAAAAGAAAAAAAAAGAAUAUAUGCUGACAGAAAGCAUGACACAUACAAAUGUCUUAGGAUUUAAAUAUCCAGAGGGAUCAAAAAGUGCUACUGAAAUGGCAAAGAAGCAAAUGGAUAGAAAAAAAGAUGUCCGUGCAAAUAGUUCCAGCAAAAACGAAAAUAACACUACCUCAGCGGACGGCAACGAAGACAUAAACGAAACCGUCAGGUCAUCUUCUUCAGCUGAUCCAUAUUUUGUCGAUGAAAUCAGGAAUGAUGAAAAAGAGAAGCAUAUAGAUAAUGAUAUGUGCAAUGAAGUGUCAAAAAAGACAGAACCAGAUAGAAAAAAAUACUCUACAGAACUGCAACAUCUUGCAAUUGCACGAGUUUUGACAGGAGCAAAAAUUGCAACAGUUAGCAAAGAUAUGGACAUCCCUCCAUCGACCAUCAGCACUUGGUUAAAGAAAGCUAAGCCUCCUGCAAAGGAUAGCAAUGAAAAUCGAUCAGAAACUGUUACUGCUGCAAAACAUUCAUAUCCUGUUUUGCUUGGUGAAAACCAUGGAAAGACGGAAUUUAAUGCGCUGGUAGAAAAUCUUGAGGGAAACCUGUGUGCGGUAAAAGAAAGUAUAUCUCCCAGUCGUACAGAAUCCACAGCUACAGCACCCCUCAAUGAAGAAAAGAAAAAAGAAGAAUAUAUGCUGACAGAAAGCAUGACACAUACAAAUGUCUUAGGAUUUAAAUAUCCAGAGGGAUCAAAAAGUGCUACUGAAAUGGCAAAGAAGCAAAUGGAUAGAAAAAAAGAUGUCCGUGCAAAUAGUUCCAGCAAAAACGAAAAUAACACUACCUCAGCGGACGGCAACGAAGACAUAAACGAAACCGUCAGGUCAUCUUCUUCAGCUGAUCCAUAUUUUGUCGAUGAUACCAGGAAUGAUGAAAAAGAGAAGCAUAUAGAUAAUGAUAUAUGCAAUGAAGUGCCAAAGAAAACAGAACCAGAUAGAAAAAAAUACUCUACAGAACUGCAACAUCUUGCAAUUGCACGAGUUUUGACAGGAGCAAAAAUUGCAACAGUUAGCAAAGAUAUGGACAUCCCUCCAUCGACCAUCAGCACUUGGUUAAAGAAAGCUAAGCCUCCUGCAACGGAUAGCAUUGAAAAUCGAUCAGAAACUGUUAUUGCUGCAAAGCAUUCAUAUCCUGUUUUGCUUGGUGAAAACCAUGGAAAGACGGAAUUUAAUGCGCUGGUAGAAAAUCUUGAGGGAAACCUGUGUGCGGUAAAAGAAAGUAUAUCUCCCAGUCGUACAGAAUCCACAGCUACAGCAUCCCUCAUUGAAGAAAAGAAAAAAGAAGAAUAUAUUCUGACAGAAAGCAUGACACAUACAAAUAUCUUAAGAUUUAAAAAUCCAGAAGGAUCAAAAAGUGCUACUGAAAUGGCAAAGAAGCAAAUGGAUAGAAAAAAAGAUGUCAGUGCAAAUAGUUCCAGCAAAAACGAAAAUAACACUACCUCAGCGGACGGCAACGAAGACGAAAACGAAACCCUCAGGUCAUCUUCUUCAGCUGAUCCAUAUUUUGUCGAUGAUACCAGGAAUGAUGAAAAAGAGAAGCAUAUAGAUAAUGAUAUGUGCAAUGAAGUUCCAAAAAAGACUGAACCAGAUAGAAAAAAAUACUCUGCUGAACAGCAACAUCUUGCAAUUGCACUAGUUUUGACAGGAGCCAAAAUUGCAACAGUUAGCAAAGAUAUGGACAUCCCUCCAUCGACCAUCAGCACUUGGUUAAAGAAAGCUAAGCCUCCUGCAACGGAUAGCAUUGAAAAUCGAUCAGAAACUGUUAUUGCUGCAAAACAUUCAUAUCCUGUCUUGCUCGGUGAAAACAAUGAAAUGACAGAAUUAAUUGCGCCAGAUAGAAACCCGUAUGUGACACUUGACAGUAUAUCUCCCAGUCGUAUAGCUACUACACCAACUAAUAAAGAAAAGAAAAAAGAAUAUUUGCUAACAGAAAGCAUGACAUAUACAAAUGACUUUGAAUAUCUAAGAAAUUCGCUUGCAAAAAACGCAAAUAAUGUUGGUGCUGCUGGAAGAAGGCGAACCAGAUACACACUAGAAGAGAAGACAAUAGCUUUAAAAAGGGUAAAGGAAGGCGAAACAAUUUCAUCAGUUGGCAAACAUCUUGGAAUUCCUUUUUCUACAAUAUCAGACUGGAGGAGAAAUAGGGAAUUUCAAGCUUCUCAGGGAGGUGAAUGUUUUGAGAGCAUAGCAGGAGACCAUUUUGAGCCAUCAGAAAAUGCAUUAGAUAAUACAGAGGUUUACCCUGCGAAGCGAAAAUAUCCCGACACAGAUGGAAGUGAUAAUAGAAUAACUAGACCAAGAACACGAGAAAGUGAAAAUCACCUUGUAACAACUCUGUCUUUUGGUGGUUUUAAUCUUGAAAGAUGUCCAACUAAGAGGAAUUCACACAAAAAAGCAUUUCCGAGUCCAAGAAGUAGCAGAAAGACCUCUCCUAGAAGAACUGUUUCAAAGAGAAGUGUUGAAAGCACAAGAGAUAUUUCUUAUGACGAACUAUCUGAUAUUGACGAACUAUCUGAUAUUGACGAACUGUCUGAUAUUGACAUCGGAAAAAAGAUUAUCAAUCUAUACACCGAGAAGAAAGCAGAUCCUGACAAAAAACCAGAUGAAGAAGAAUUGGAGAAAAUAGUAACUGAGAUGGAAACUGAUGAGAAAAAAGUAUUCCAGCAUAAAGCAUCUCAAACUGUUCCAACAGUGGUAAAAUUUGCAGGUCCUAAUGAAGUGAAACUGUUGAAGUUGUGCCCUUCGGAACAAAGACUGGCGUUACUACUGAAGACCAGGGAGCUUGAUGAAUUGAGAAGAAAUAUUUUGACAUUAAUGAAAAUUCUUGAACCUGAUUACGAGUAUGGACCUCCUGAGAAUGUUGAUAAGGUAAUAAAGGUGCUUAUUAAAGCGAACAAUGAGCAAAAGAAUGCCAGUUGAAGUUGUGACUAAUGAAGAAAACUGGAAACUUUAUGAUUCAGUGAAUUGUAGAUACUUCAGGAUAGAUUCAGAUAUGAAAAAGAUAUAGGCUGAAAACUGAUAAUUGUAUUAGCCUUACCUGUAAACAGUUGUUGGAAAUGAUGUGGUGAAAUAGUAUGAUAAUGAAUUAAGACUUUUUUGACCAAUUGAAAUGGGUUUUUUGAGAGACCUUCCAGUUCAGUUACUUCUUCUCUAUUUUGAUAUACAUUGAACAGUUGCUUAUAUUUGCCAUGUUCAGAUACUUUUGGAAAUAGACAAGUUGUGGUGUUUCUUGUUUAGAACUCGUGUUUACUAGUUACUUAAAGUCACCAUUGAUGUGUUCAGAAACUCUUGAAGUCUGUCUCGGAACGUUUUGCAAAAUUUGAUAAUAUCUUUGACUAAUUGAAAUAAUUAAUGUUGAAUAUAUCCUGUUGUGCCUUUUGACAGUAUCUGUUAGUAGAUAAAAUGUUGGUUGGUUAGAGGAACAGUUAGAUUGUUCUUGUUCUGUUCAAGAACAUGUUUCUAUUGUUGACAAUGCUACUAGAGAAAACAAUGCUACUUAAAGAAAA